AUGUCUAAACGAAAGAGUAACACUUACUGUUCAGUGUAUGGUUGUAAAACAUUUUAUUCAAACGAAGGUAACGUCAGUUUUCAUACAUUUCCUAAGGAAAAUCAAUCCAAAGUUAAAUGGCUAAAUAAAAGUGGAAUCGAAGAAAUGAUUGAUCGACGUAAGGCCUGGGUUAUGAGACUGCGAAUGGAUACAACAAAUAUGGCAAAAACACAGUUAAAAGUCUGUUCUAAACUUUUUAGCAAAGAUAAUUUCAUAUUACCAGACUAUAAAUUAAAAAAUGCCUCAUUAAAGAAAACAGCAGUUCCAUCACAAAAUUUACCAACAACAUCAAUUAAACUUCAGUCCCCCAAAAAAAGAAAAUCUCCAAAAAAAAGAGAACGUCCAUUGGUAUUGACUAGUAAUAAUAUAUCUGAUAACAUAGUUACCCAGAAAACAGACUCAACAAUCUCUCAUUCAUGUGAACAUUGGUCCAAUGAAAUGCUGGACAUUGAUAAUUUAGAUACUGAUAAUAAUACAAUGCAAACUGAGGAAACAAGACAUACCAGUUCAGAUAGUGGUGUUCUAACCAUGACAAUACCAAUGGUUGAUGCUGGCGUUCAAGUCACAACUGGAGAUAUUUUUAUUCCUUUUAUUUCAUUGGUGACCACACCUCAAAAGUUAAAUACAAUGACUGGAAUCCCCUUUUUUGAGAUACUAGAUAAAAUAGUAGAGUUGUUUAUAAAAUAUUAUCCAAAUACUAAAUGUUAUCGUUUGAGUGUAAAAGAACAAAUCUUAUUAGUUUUUAUCAAAUUUAAACAAGACUUAUCAUUAAUUGUUCUAAGCAUACUUUUUAAAUCUGUAACAGCAGAAACUUGUAGAGCAUUAUAUAAUUCUACUAUUCCUUUGUUAGCACAUAUUUUCAAAGCUCUAAUUUAUUGGCCUUCUAAACAAGAAAUAUUGGCUAAUAUGCCUUUGUGUUUCAACAACUUUUUAGAUACAACAGUUGUUUUAGACUGUACAGAGAUUUCUGUGCAAGUUCCAAAAUGUCUUGCUUGUCGUAUACGAUUGUAUAGUAAUUAUAAAUCUACAUUUACAUUGAAAUUUAUGAUUGGUAUAACACCUGGAGGGUUAAUAUCUUUUGUUAGUGAACCAUAUGGUGGCAGGAGUUCAGAUAACGCUAUAUUUGAGUAG